AAAAGCAAUAUUGAGAAAAAUGUUUUUAUUUGAACAAUUUAAGACGUUAAAACAAGUUUCCCACUAUGCAAAAUAUACGAGAAAGUGGUUUAUCAAAGCUGCAUUAGAUAAACAGCAACUGCAAGAACAAUUUGACUUAGUUUGUGGAUGCGUAAUGUCUGCAUUGAAAAAUCGAAAAAGUUUGUCCGUUUCAGAAUUUAAAAAAAUUGAAGAAGAGCUGCGUUCAAAAUGCAAUGAAUUAAAAAAAAUGCAAUUUUAUCAACACGUAUUUAACGUUUUAUUUACUCUACGGCCACCAAAUGAUUCGAUUGAAAAUGCGAAAAGUUUUGUAGAAGCAUUCAAUAUAAAGAAUGAUCUAAAUGUAAAAAAAAAUUUCAUUCGACUUUAUACACAGAAAGCUUUGGAGUUUGAAUUAACAGAAAAAGAAGAGAAAGAAUUGGUCUACCGAUGUGAUGAACUUAUAGCUCGAAAGAUCAAAAACUGCAAAAAGUUGAGUGCAGUCAUCGCGUUGGGUCUAUGUGCCACAAAGGACUGGCAUAGAGCAAUUGAACUUCCCAAUCUAACACACGGACCACUGAAUAUUCUAGCACAGAGAGCAUUGAAUGAGAAUGACAUCGAUUCAGCUUUUAAAAUAACACAUAGAACCAUUACACUUAACAAAUGGUAUCAGUUUUUGACUAGUAAUACGAUCGAAUCAUUUUCAAAAUAUUUCAAUAGGAAUCCAACAUGUAUUCCGUCAAAUACUGACAAAUUAUUUUCCCUGUGCGAAAAACUAAACAUGCAAUUCAAUGAACCAUCGAUAAAGGAAUUGGUGAAUGUUCUAGAAAGACAUGGGCAUCAUGCAAAAACUACAAAUAUCAAUUUGUCUGGCACCUGUAAUAUGUGUAAAAAUCAACUCGAAGUAGUACGUACUCUGACGAAUGCUGAAUUCAACAUCUUGCAAACAGAAUUUAUGAAUAAUGUUGUGAAAGGAGCCGAUAUUUAUCAAAAUACCACACCCGAAGAAUGGGAUUCGUUUGAACAGAUGAUCCAGAAAAAUGGACCAUUUGAUAUUGUAAUCGAUGGCUUAAAUGUUUCCUAUCAAGCAAAUUUAAAUAACGUACAAGCUAACGGAUUAAGUAAAUUGAGUUUGUCAAACGAUUAUUAUAAAUCACCGUGUUCAUAUUCUCUAGCGGAUGCAGCAAAGCAACUAAUAGAUGAAGGCAGACGCGUUUUAGUCAUUGGUAAGAAACACAUGAAGGUUUGGUCAACAAUGGAAGAUAUUCGCCAGAUCGCCACUGUCUUUUUGGUUGAAAAUGAUUCUAAUGAUGAUAUAUUUUUGCUAUAUGCGGCCAUAUACAGCGGCGAAAAUGCUUGUAUUUUGACACGAGACCAUAUGCGGAAUCAUAAGCAUGCGAUUGGAGAAGAGUACGAUGAGUUGUUUAAAUUGUGGCAACAAGAACAUUGGUAUAGCUUUGAAUUUUCUCAGAGUGGGUCAAUAGAACUUGUGAAGCCGAUCCAAUACAAAAUGUACAUUCACAAAGUGGAUGAAUUUUGGCAUGUGCCGUUCGAAGCAAAGGACAACGUGGUAUCAAAUAUAUGGAAAAAUUAUGAAUUGCCUGAAAAUUGGGCUUGUAUACGAAUCAAAGAUAAUUUUGAGUGUUGAUCCCAAAGUUUGUCUAUAGGAUAUUGUGCAUUUAAUGCUUAGCUGUAACAUUCAUUGU